AACCACACCUCCCGUGUUAGUAUAAAUAACAACAUUAGUCUUUAUCAAAAUUAUUGUCAUCGAUCAUUGAUCAAAAGAGAAGUUAAUUAGUAACAAAUGGCUGAUUUGAAGAUGAAUAUCUCUUGUUUCUUCUUCAUUCAAGUACUAUUGUUGUUGUUGCUCUCUUCCUUUCCUCCAACCAAUGCUCAAGGGUUGAAAGUUGGGUUCUACGACAAGACAUGCCCCAAAGCCGAGGCUAUUGUUAAGAAGUCCGUCUCCGAUGCCAUGAAGAAUGACCCGACAAUUGGAGCUCCUUUGCUCCGAAUGUUCUUCCACGACUGUUUCGUUCGGGGUUGUGAUGGGUCGGUCUUGCUAGAGCUAAAGAACAAAAAGGACGAGAAGAAUGCGCCUCCUAACCUCAGCCUUCGAGGGUUUGAGGUCAUAGAUAAUGUCAAGGCAGCUGUAGAAGAAGAGUGUCCGGGAGUUGUUUCUUGCUCUGAUGUCUUGGCCCUUGUAGCUAGAGACGCAGUUGUUGAGCUCGAUGGACUGUCGUGGGGAGUUGAAACGGGAAGAAGAGACGGUAGGGUUACAAACAUCAACGAGGCCAGAUCGAACUUACCAUCACCUUUGAAUAAUAUUACAAGCCUUAUCACCCAGUUUAGUUCUAAAGGCCUCGACAAGAAAGACCUCGCCGUGCUCUCAGGUGGACACACGGUCGGGCAGGGACAUUGUCCUUUAAUCCUAAACCGGCUGUACAAUUUCACCGGGAAAGGAGACAGCGAUCCGGACUUAGACACGGAAUAUGCAGCCACCCUCAGAAAAAAAUGCAAGCCCACGGAUACCACGACGGCUCUAGAAAUGGAUCCAGGAAGCUUUAAAACAUUCGAUGAAAGCUACUUCAAGCUCGUGUCUCAAAGAAGAGGGUUCUUUCAAUCUGAUGCAGCUCUUUUAAACAAUAAAGAAACUAAGUCUUACGUUCUCAAGCAAAUGAACAGUCAGGGAUCUACUUUCUCUGGGGAUUUUGGUGUCUCUAUGGUGAAGAUGGGUCGGAUUGGAGUUUUAACCGGUAAGGCCGGGGAAGUUCGGAAGAAGUGCAGAAUGGUUAACUAAGUAUAGAUCUUCUUGUGAGAUUGUGAUUAUUUGCAUUGUGAUUGUUUGUGUAUUUUCUCUUGAAGAAUUAUGAGUGAAAUAAACGUAUCAAUUGUCUAAAAUGGAAAGUAAAAUUGUAAAACAAACUAUGUCAAGUUUUUUUUGCACAAAAAUUAAUAUGGAGGAUGUAUUUUUCUUUCAAAUGAACUAGUAUCAUAUAAAUUCCCACAGGAUGUUAUUUUAUAUUUUGAUUUUCAAGGCAUUCAUCUUAAUUAGACGGUAUAUGAUACAUAUCAAACUUAAAAAAAUUGGUGUUUCUGAAUAUGCUAAAGAUUUAGAAAACACUCAAUAUACUAUUUUUCGUCUUGUAGUUAACGUUGUUGUUUUGUAUCAUUAGUGGCAAACUAUAAUAUUAAUUUGCUUUAUAAGGAGGAGUCUACUUUUUGACUAGUAUUUUUGCAUUAAUCAGAUGAUUCAGAUCUUAUCUUUAAUUCAAAGUAUAUUUUGAAUUUUAACUCUAGCAUAUGGCGAUAUACAUACGUAUUACAUAAUUAAUAGUUUUACAUGCAUAUAUAGAGAAACAGAGAUUAUAUAUGUAAGAAAAAGUCGAGCAUAAAAUUUCAUGAGCUCAUGUAUAUAUACAUUGACGGUUUAUAUACACAUGACAUUAUGACAAGAAAAAAGACUCUCUAAAGAGUUCUUCCAGAAAUAAAACCAACAAGAAAAACAGAAACAUUAGAAGAGAAAACGCAGAGGACCAAAUCACCUGCACAAUACAAAAACGAUCAACCAAAGUUAAUAUCAUCAUCAGAUGCACACAGUUUGAUUGAUCGAUCGAGAAACAGAGAGAUAAACCUUUGAUCGAUGAGAAUCAUCACUGGACAGCGUUAACGGAUCUCACUUUCCCACUAAGAGGUGAACAUGGCAGACUCGGCCUCGAGAUCAGGAACAGACCGAGACGAGGUGGAUGAUGAACGUAUCGUCUAUUCUCUAGACUCGCAGCUCUGGCUUCGACGAGAACACAGAGGUCUUCCUCUCUGAUCUUCAAAACCUGGCUGUGUACUCGCUCCUUACCCGUCUUUCCCGUGACCGUAGGAGCUGCUCCCCAACGUCCGACAGAUCUCGGAGACUCAGUCUCAGCUUCCGAUGAUCCGCUGCUCUCUGUUUCAACCUCUUCCACCAUCUUCCUCGCUACUGCCUCCAUCUCCGACCAAGCUUCAGCUUCUCGUCUCGUCAUCGUUUAAAAAAAAAAAAGAUUUGAAUCUUCGGAAGUUAAAAUUUAUUGUGAACUUGUGACAGACAUGUGAAACAGAGCUUCUUAAUUUAUAUACACGGGAAGAAAAACGGUUAUUGUUGACGUGUCGGUAUUGAUGACGUCAUUUGAUAUGUGUACCAUAGAGGUUUUGACACGUGGGAUAUUAGCUGAGCCUGUCGGAAAGAGAAAUCGUGUGGACCGGAUCUCUCUGUUGUGUUGUUUGACCAGAUGAAAUGAGACGUGUGGAAGAAGUGGAAAUCGGAUCUGAAAACGACCAGAUCCGAAGCCGUUUUGUUCGGCAUUUUUCCAACACUAGUUCGAUAACUUCCAAUUUUACAAAGACUAUAGACCAUGUCAUCUCCAUAAUAAUCCCUCUUAGAUUUGGUUUCAAGAGCUAACAUUUUCUAAGCUCUAUGUUUUUAUUUUGGGGACAGAUGUAGGUUAUUUUUCAUAUUUUAUUUAUUGAUAUCAGAUAUUUGCAUCUCGUAUCAUACCAUUAAAUUGCGUAUUAUUGUCAAUAGAUUUUUGAAAAAAAAAAGUAAUUAGCAGAUAUAUAUAUAUAUAUUUUUUGAUCAAAAUUAGCAGAUAUAUAUAUAUAUAUACAUAAAUUAUAACAGUUGCGUUAAUGUGAUAGUAGAUGGAAUCCAAUUGGAACAUUUAACAUUUUUGAAAAUGUUUUAACAUAUACUACUAAAGUUAUGUGGUUAUUGUAGAUAUAUUUUCUUAAUAUUAACAACAAUAAAAUUAUAAUGGUCGCAUGAUUGGUAAUGGAAAGGCAGGGUAGGGUCAUAUCCAUCGGCAGAUAUUCAAAAUUAUAAAAAAUCAGAGUAUCUCAUUUCCAAAAUUAUAAAAAAUUAGAGUAUCUCAUUUUCUUAACUACGUGGAGAAAUGGGAUUUGUAUCAUGGCUUACAUCGAGUGAUAAGUCAUACUACUAUCUUCAUUUACGUGUCUGACUAACCUACAGCAGCUUGAAUCUUUCAAGCAUAAAAACAAUUAUUAGUAUGAUGAGAUGGUUUCCACGUAAUCCGCAUGUAACGCGUGUGCUAAGUAAACACCAAGUGUUAGUAAGCAACUGUACUGUGCAUUAUAUAAUCACGGACGGCGAUAUCACUAAGAAUUUUUUUUUUUUUUGAUCAACAAUAUCACUAAGAAUUUAAGAAUAAUAAAAUAGGACUUAAAUAAAAUAAACUAGUGUUAACAAGGCCUAAGGAAAACAACUAAUGUUAUAUACUUAUAGGGUGCUAAAGAUAAGGACAUAGCAUGAGCAUCCAUUAGAGCCAAGAAAUUAUUUUCGGGUUUAAGCUUUUGCAAAAAGAUGAGUAUAAUUUUUGUGGGUCUGAAAAUAAAAAUAUAACUCAAAGAAAGGUUCUGACACACAAAGAAACCACGAAACAAUCGUCUGAAAAUGAAGAACAAAGUUCAAGACUAAAAAUAUCAAAAAGCAGAUCGC